AUGCCCUACACCGUCUCCGAAAUUCUCAAUAUCGCCGAAAACAUGGUGACAACGGAGGACUUGUCCGGCGAGACAGGUGCUCGAAGGGAGCCCCAAUUUUACCGGGAUUCGUCUACGACGGCCUUGGACAUGGACACAUCAAACUUGCUUCUCGGAGCCGGGGUGACAGUGAUCACACACCCGCUGCUGUACGUCAAACUGCUAAUUCAGGUACUGUUAGCUAGCUAAGCUUGCGAGCUCAAUUUAGCUAGCUAAAUUCACAUAAUUUGUUUGAGUUAUUAAUUAUUUAGCUAGCAAGCACGAAAACUAACACUUUGAAGUGCCACCUCAUUGGGGUGUUUGAGUUUGCUUGACGGCUAGCUGGGAGUUUGUUAGGGUAAAGCUAGCUAACGUCAGAUGGCAUGAUCUCUCCUUUGCCAACCUCCGAUCAAACCGCAAUGUCAUCUCACAUAAGUAGGUGUGUCUGGGGAAGACAGAAAGCGACAUUUUCAAAUAUUAUUUACAUGAAAUGUUAAUGUAAAUCAUCAUCCCUUUAAGUUCCUGUCACAAUUUCAUUUAUUUGUUAUUGUUUGUUUAGUUGUAUAAACAAUUCAGCUUUUAGCUGCCAUGGAUACACAAAAUAAAACUAAACGAAAAAGCAAUACUAAAAUACACUGCCUGCCGGCCUGCCCUCUUUUCAUCACUGUACUUGUCAAGAUGGCCCACCUCUGCUAACUGCAAGUGCAUGCCAAGAUCCUACCACUACAACUAGCUAUAUGAACAAACAUAUAAACGCAACAAUUUCAAAGAUUUUACUGAGUUACAGUUCAUACACUGCUCAAAAAAAUAAAGGGAACACUAAAAUAACACAUCCUAGAUCUGAAUUAAUGAAAUAAUCUUAUUAAAUACUUUUUUCUUUACAUAGUUGAAUGUGCUGAUAACAAAACCACACAAAAAUGAUCAAUGGAAAUCAUAUGUAUCAACCCAUGGAGGUCUGGAUUUGGAGUCACCCUCAAAAUUAAAGUGGAAAACCACACUACAGGCUGAUCCAACUUUGAUGUAAUGUCCUUAAAACAAGUCAAAAUGAGGCUCAGUAGUGUGUGUGGCCUCCACGUGCCUGUAUGACCUCCCUACAACGCCUGGGCAUGCUCCUGAUGAGGUGGCGGAUGGUCUCCUGAGGGAUCUCCUCCCAGACCUGUACUAAAGCAUCCGCCAACUCCUGGACAGUCUGUGGUGCAACGUGGCGUUGGUGGAUGGAGCGAGACAUGAUGUCCCAGAUGUGCUCAAUUGGAUUCAGGUCUGGGGAACGGGCGGGCCAGUCCAUGGCAUCAAUGCCUUCCUCUUGCAGGAACUGCUGACACACUCCAGCCACAUGAGGUCUAGCAUUGUCUUGCAUUAGGAGGAACCCAGGGCCAACUGCACCAGCAUAUGGUCUCACAAGGGGUCUGAGGAUCUCAUCUCGGUACCUAAUGGCAGUCAGGCUACCUCUGGCGAGCACAUGGAGGGCUGUGCGGCCCCCCAAAGAAAUGCCACCCCACACCAUGACUGACCCACCGCCAAACCGGUCAUGCUGGAGGAUGUUGCAGGCAGCAGAACGUUCUCCACGGCGUCUCCAGACUUGGUCACGUCUGUCACAUGUGCUCAGUGUGAACCUGCUUUCAUCUGUGAAGAAAGAGCACAGGGCGCCAGUGGCGAAUUUGCCAAUCUUGGUGUUCUCUGGCAAAUGCCAAACGUCCUGCACGGUGUUGGGCUGUAAGCACAACCCCCACCUGUGGACGUCGGUCCCUCAUACCACCCUCAUGGAGUCUGUUUCUGACCGUUUGAGCAGACACAUGCACAUUUGUGGCCUGCUGGAGGUCAUUUUGCGGGGCUCUGGCAGUGCUCCUCCUGCUCCUCCUUGCACAAAGGCGGAGGUAGCAGUCCUGCUGCUGGGUUGUUGCCCUCCUACGGCCUCCUCCACGUCUCCUGAUGUACUGGCCUGUCUCCUGGUAGCGCUUCCAUGCUCUGGACACUACGCUGACAGACACAGCAAACCUUCUUGCCACAGCUCGCAUUGAUGUACCAUCCUGGAUGAGCUGCACUACCUGAGCCACUUGUGUGGGUUGUAGACUCCGUCUCAUGCUACCACUAGAGUGAAAGCACCGCCAGCAUUCAAAAGUGACCAAAACAUCAGCCAGGAAGCAUAGGAACUGAGAAGUGGUCUGUGGUCACCACCUGCAAAACCAGUCCUUUAUUGGGGGUGUCUUGCUAAUUGCCUAUAAUUUCCACCUGUUGUCUAUUCCAUUUGCACAACAGCAUGUGAAAUGUAUUGUCAAUCAGUGUUGCUUCCUAAGUGGACAGUUUGAUUUCACAGAAGUGUGAUUGACUUGGAGUUACAUUGUGUUGUUUAAGUGUUCCCUUUAUUUUUUUGAGCAGUGUAUAAUAAAUUCAUUAGGCCCUAAUCUAUGGAUUUCACAUGACUGGGAAUACAUAUAUGCAUCUGUUGGUCACAGAUACCUUUAAAAAAAGUUGGGGCGUGGAUCAGAAAUCCAGUCAUUAUCUGGUGUGACCACUAUUUACCUCAUGCAGCGCGACCUUCGCAUAGAGUUGAUCAGGCUGUUGGUUGUGGCCUGUGGAAUGUUGUCCCACUCCUCUUCAAUGGCUGUGCGAAGUUGCUAGAUAGUGGCAGGAACUGGAAAACGCUGUCGUAAACGUAGAUCCAGAGCAUCCCAAACAUGCUCAAUGGGUGACAUGUCUAAUGAGUAUGCAGGACAUGGAAGAACUGGGACACUUUCAGCUUCCAGGAAUUGUGUACAGAUCCUUGCGACAUGGGGCUGUGCAUUAUCAUGCUGAAACAUGAGGUGAUGCGGCAGAUAAAUGGCACGACAAUGGGCCUCAGGAUCUCGUCACGAUAUCUCUGUGCAUUCAAAUUGCCAUAGAUAAUGCAAUUGUGUUCGUUGUCUGUAGCUUAGGCCUGUUCAUACCAUAACCCCACUGCCACCAUGGGGCAUUCUGUUCACAACGUUGACAUCAUCAAACCGCUCGCCCACACAACGCCAUACGUAUGGUCUGCGAUUGUGAGGCCGGUUGGACAUACUGCCAAAUUCUCUAAAACGACGUUGGAGGCGGCUUAUGGUAGAGAAAUGAACAUUCAAUUCUCUGGCAACAGCUCUGGUAGACAUUCAUCCAUUCAGCAUGCCAAUUGCACGCUCCCUCAACUUGAAACAUCUGUGGCAUUGUGUGCACCUGGGUAAUGAUCAUGCUGUUUAAUCAGUUUCUUGAUAUGGCACACCUGUCAGGUGGAUGGAUUAUCUUGGCAAAGGAGAAAUGCUCACUAACAGGAAUGUAAACAAAUUUGUCCACCAAAUUUGAGAGAGAUCAGCUUUUUUUGUGUAUGGACAAUUUCUGGGAUCUUUUAUUUCAGCUCAUGAAACAUGGGAGCAACACUUUACAUGUUGCGUUGAUAUUUUUGUUCAGUGUAGUUAAAGUAAUAGCUAGCUAGAAAAUAUCAAUGUACUUCCCCUCUAGUAUGCCAGCUUGAUUCCAGUAAGUUGUGUGUGCCUUUCGUGAACUAACACUUUACCUUUUUUUUUUUUCUACUAGCACUGGCUUUGCUGAUGUACUGAGAUACUGAAUGUGGUUGUCCCACCUACCUAUCUUAAGAUGAAUGCACUAACUUUAAGUCGCUCUGGAUAAGAGCGUCUGCUAAAAAUGACUAACAUUUAAAUGUAGAUUGGACAUGAGCCCCUCACCCCAACUGUUGGAACCACCAUGUUUGGGAGGAAAGUGUUGUACCUCCCUGGAUUCUUCUCCUAUGGUGAGUGGGUCUUCAUGGCUUAUCAUCCUAAUUUAUCACCCUGAAUGGGGAAGAAGAGGUGACAGCGAUGUGAUGUCUAUCUGUCCACAGCACAGCACGUUGUAAGGGUGGAUGGAAAGAGGGGACUCUUCCGAGGUCUGUCCCCUUGUAUUAUGUCCAGUGCCAUCUCUACCAUGGUCCGGAGUAAAGUCAAACAGGUGAGGGAAUCCUAGACCCAGAGGAGAGGUAGUUCAUACUCACUAAUAACAUAUUGCAACUGCUCUCAAUAGGUCUUUGAAAUGCGCAUCUCUGGCCACAAAGCGUAUAAUCCAACCAAUCAUUGGAGCUUGCAAGUGUACAGUCAGAAUAUCCUUAUCAAAUGAGAGAGACACAUGUAAUUAAAUAAUAUAUUUGUGACAGUAUGCGGGAAGAACUUAAUUUAUAUAGUAAUUGAAGGCCUGACAUCUUUUCCCUCUCCAGACCAUUCCAGCAGAUGAUGUAUCGAACAGAGAUGACUUGAAGACCUCCCUCAGGAAAGUGGUCAAAGUG